GGAGUCCACAGGCGCGAGAGCCAGAUCAGGGAGCGCUGUGCCGACUGCGCCUCGGAGGACGCCUGCGGGAACGCAGACCCCACCACGAGCCCCUCGUCCUCGCCCGGCCUAAACAGGCCCCGCGCUAUGGAGUUCCUCUGGGCCCCUCUCCUGGGUCUCUGCUACAGUCUGGCUGCCGCCGACCGCCACACCGUCUUCUGGAACAGUUCAAACCCCAAGGGAGGCAGCGUGGGAAGAAGGGUGGUACCACUGCGAGCCGAGCCGGGAACUGGUCUCCUUGGUGCUGGAGGAGCAAGUACUGUGCCCAUUCAGACCCGCCAGCUCCUUUUGCCUGGAGGACAGUAUCCUGGGCUAGUGGACACUGUGCUACCCUGGGGACCUACGGGUCCACAUUCGACAAGGUUCCGGAGUGAAGGGUACACAGUACACGUGCAGCUAAAUGACUACCUGGACAUCAUCUGCCCCCAUUACGAGGAUGACUCUGUGGCAGCUGCUGCCAUGGAGCAGUACACACUGUACCUGGUAGAGCUAGAGCAGUACCAGGUGUGCCAGCCUGAAUCCAAGAACCAGGUCCGCUGGCAGUGCAACCACCCCAAUGCCAGGCACGGUCCAGAGAAGCUGUCCGAGAAGUUCCUGCGCUACACGCCCUUCACCCUGGGCAAGGAGUUCAAAGAGGGACACAGCUACUACUACAUCUCCAAACCCAUCCACCACCAAGAAGACUACUGCUUGAGGUUGAAGGUGACCGUCAAUGGCAAAAUCACACACAGUCCUCAGGCCCAUGCCAAUCCACAGGAGAAGAGACUUCCAGCAGAUGACCCAGAAGUGCAAGUUCUACAUAGCAUCGGUCACAGUGCCGCCCCCCGCCUCUUCCCACUUGCCUGGGCUGUGCUGCUCCUACCGUUUCUGCCACUGCAAACCCCGUGAAGCUGUAUGCCACAUCUGGCCUGAGGGUUGAAACUGGGCUGAGGAGGCAGAGGCAGGCACCCCUCACCUGGCCUGGGGUCUCUCCCAAAGCCCCAGUCCUGGGAACCAUCCCACCACAUGUAUAAGCUGCCACCCAGCAGCCUCAAAAUGAGACAGUAUUAAGGGUUUUAACCCAAACGAAGUGGGCAAACCUGGUAGGGCCGUCCCUGCCUCCACUUCGGAGGGACGGACAAAGUGGGGAUGGUACUUCCCCUGCCAUUCCUGCCCUUAAGCCAAAAAAACAAGCUGUGCAAAAAUAAGCUGGACUCUUAAGAAGGACACUGUGGGAGCUGGAGGGGCGGUCUGGUAUCAGGUGGGUGGAAACUGAGCUUGGCAAAGAUGCCCCUCCCACAGAGAGCCGGGAAGCCAAGACGAGCUGACUGAAGGAAAAGCAAGAGACGGUUUCUUGCCCGGGAGACAGGGACUGGAGAGGUGGUAUGCUUGGGCUGACCCAGCAUCUUUGAUCCUGGGGCAGCGCUCCCCAGGGCUGUGCCAACGGGGGGCUGUACCAGCCUAUUCCUCGAGGGGAGCUAUUAGGGCAGGGCCCGCAUGUACAGGAUCUGUAUAUAAAUUUGCUGUGUGUCUUUGCUGAUUUCUAUAACUGGUUCUUUUUUAUACAAUGUUGUCUGAAAAUAAACCUGUUUUUUGUACACGCUCUUCUGUUUCUCCAUAC